CCCUGCCAGCUCUAAGGAUGUAUCUCAUUCACUCUGGCUUGCACAGGUUGCGAGUGAGGGCAAGAGAGACACACAGAGAGAGAUAUUAACACAUCACCUCGAACGGUCAAACGAAAGUGAGAGAAAGACAGAAAGAGGGAGAGAAGAGAGGCAACAGAUAAAAGAGAGGAAGUAGAGUGAAAACAGAGAGGGAUAAAUGAAAUAAGAGAGAUAAAUGAAAAUAAGUUAAUCUGUUUUGUAUUUUAAGGGAGGCAGUGGUAGAGAGAGAGAGAGAUAGAGAGACAUCGAGAUCCAGCAGAACAGGAGAGCUCCAGGGAGACCAGCGGAGCCUUGUGCCCAGUGAGAGAACGACCCCUCUGGGACUCAGACACAGCCAUGGAUUCCUCCGCAUCGGCUGAGGUUGGGGACCAGUCCAAGGAAGUCAGGAAGAUCCACUUUGCUGUGCCCUCCUCGGCACCCACCCAACUGGACCCACGACAAGUCGAGAUGAUCCGUCGUCGGAGGCCGACCCCUGCGACACUCUUCAGGGUGGCAGACCAGGGUACACCAGAGGAUGAUCAGUCAACCCACCAGUGGGUUGUAGGGGAGAAUGGCGUGCUUAAACCCAAGCGGGUCAAUCCAAAUGUGUACCAGCCACCAUCACUAAAAGCCGUCCAGAAGAUGGCUGAAGCACACAUGCAGAACCUGGGUGUGUACCCUCCCUUGGAAGACCCGUUUGAGGGGGAAGAGUACGACGACUGCCCCUGUUAUGAGGAGAGGCAGGAGAGAUUCCCCGCCAAAGCAGCUGAACCUCAAGGGACCGGAACCAUAGACCAAUCAGAGGCACCAGAUGAGGAGGACGAGGAUGAAGAGCUGGAGGAAGACAUAGUGGAGGAAAAUACAGAAGAAAAAACUGAGGAGGAGGAGAAGAUGGAGGAGAAGACAGAAGUGAAGGUGGAGGAGACGGUGGAGGAGAAGGGAAAGAAAGUGCGCAAAAGUGUAAAGUUUUAAAACAACUUUGAGCAAGAACAACAAAGAGGGAGAUGGAUAGUUGCCGAUGUGUGAAUGACCAAGUGAGCGAAUGAGUGAAUUAACAAGUCAUUUUAAUAUAUGAGUUUGAAAGAGAGCUACUUAUUUAGUUAUCAAGAAUGGUCAUUCUAAAUUGAAUGAAUGACUGGAUGUGGGUAGGUGGAGUCGGCAAAUGUGAGUGUACAAGAAAGCUGUAUAUUAUUACUAUGGGGAGAGAGAAAGACAGGGAAAAGAGGGGUGAGUGAGAGAGGGAGGAGAGAGCAUGAGGGAGAGUUUUGGUGGUGGACAGAGAUGUGUCUAUAUGAAGAGGAGAGGAGUGAUCCCACUGGAGGUCAGAAUAUAGAUAUUUGGCCCAGACAUCUUUAUAGGAGGGUCUGACCAUGGUCUAUUCUUCUCUUCCAUGUCGAGUGAAAAAUUCCUUCACUUUGUACUUUCUUACUUAGCUCUAGUGUUAGAAAACAGUGGAAUAUUGGUAUCACGUGACAACUCAACACAGCAUUACACAGAAAUUGUUUCACUAAAAAGAGAACAGACACACACACACACACAUACACACACAAGCUCAUAUAUACACCUUUAGUGCUCAAACACACACAGCUGUAAUGAAAUGUUUAAUCCAUAAUUCAAAUAAGAUUAAAACAUUAGGUUGUUUUGUGCAUUGACAGAAAGGCCGCUGCCUCUUUGCUUUUUUCUUAUGUUGGCCUGCCACCCACACACAGACACACAGACCCUAACCCUUUCAAAAUCUUAAAAACCUGUUUUUGUGUGUCUGUAGCACAUUUCACUCUGGCUUAGUUUGUAAAUCUCUGCCACAUGAUCUUAGUCAUAGCUUGUUCUUGAAAGAAGCGAGCAGCUACUGCCAUCUUGUGGCAAUACAGAGAAGCUGCAAAUAACCUGAAUGCACAGGACAUGGGCACUGCAUACAUAUUUAUUAACGCAGGUGUAUAGUUAAACAGAUUCCAUAGGUGUAGCGUAUUUGGGGGAAAAAAUAUUUGUGACGUAUUUGAAUUUAUUUUUGAAUUCUUGCAUAGUCAACUGGUGUCCAUCAAAACUCUACCUCCCCUUUAGAACGUGGUGAAGUUACCUAAUUGCAAUUCAGUUGAAGUGUUAAUGGUGUAGCCUACUUUGGGUGUAUGAAGAUGCCAUAACUUUAAAGAGUGGCCAAAUUUUGAUUAUUAGUUUGAGGGAAGGGGGACCUUCAUUUUAUAUACACAAUCAGAUUCCAAUUGUUGUUUGUUUAAAUAAUUUCCUGUGUAAAGACAUUUUAAUCAACAUGGCUUUAUAUGGACUCUGUUGAGCACUUAACUGUCACAAUGUUUUGUAACCGUUCAGUCACGACUUGGAUAACUGGUUUUCAUAUUACAACUAAAACAAUACAACAAAAUACCAUA